CCUCUCCCUGGAACGUUCGCGUUCGCAUUCACACCCUCCCUCGCUAGAAUCAAAACAGACUGGUGCUGACAGAUGCUAGCAUUUAUUUUUCUUUUGUGUAGUGUACUAUAAAAUUUUUUAAAAGAAACAUCUGCUUUUUCUUUUUAUCCCUGUCAAGAGGACUGUCAGUGGCUCUCAUCUCUUUUAUUGUUUUGAUCUGUUGUUUCCCUCUUUGCCUUUGGCACCGUUUUUCUUUCUAUGGUUCUAAUCUAAAUCAGCUUCUCUAGAGAAGAUGGGGUCUAGGCUUCUGCUUCUUUUCUUUCUUCUUCUCUUCGUCCACGCCUCCUCAGCUCAGCCUGGUUUUCUGAGUUUGGACUGUGGGGGCGCAGUAAAUUUCACUGAUGAUCUUGGACUGUCGUGGACUUCAGAUUUUAAUUUUAGUUACGGAGCAGUAGCAAGCAUAUCAGUUGCAAAUGAGACACGAAAGCAGUAUACUACAGUGAGACAUUUCCCUGCAGAUUCCAGGAAGUACUGUUAUAGACUGGAUGUCACUAGUAGAACAAGAUACCUUAUAAGGGCAACCUUCUUGUAUGGUAACUUUGACAGCAACAACGUUUAUCCAAAAUUUGACAUUUCUGUUGGGCCAACUCAUUGGUCUACAAUUGUCAUUUCUGAUGCUAAUACCAUAGAGUCUACAGAGCUAAUAUUUCUGGCUUCAAGUUCUUCUAUCAGUGUAUGCCUAUCAAAUGCUACAACUGGGCAGCCAUUCAUAUCUACCCUUGAGCUCCGACAGUUCAAUGGUUCAGUUUAUUAUACAGAAUUUGAAAACCAGUUUUAUCUCAGUUUGUCAGCCAGAAUCAAUUUUGGUGCAGAUAACGAAGCUUCAAUUAGGUAUCCUGAUGAUCCAUACGAUAGAAUAUGGGAGUCCGACUCUGUGAAGAAAGCUAAUUAUCUUGUUGAUGUUGCAGCUGGCACAAAGAAAGUAUCAACUGACAUGCCUAUUGACGUCAACAUUGAUGAAAGGCCUCCUGAAAGAGUGAUGCAAACAGCUGUAGUCGGCACAAAUGGAUCACUGACAUAUCGGUUGAACUUGGAUGGUUUUCCUGGUUUUGGGUGGGCUGUCACAUACUUCGCUGAAAUUGAAGAUCUGGAUCCUGAGGAGUCCAGAAAAUUCAGGCUGGUACUCCCAGGGUACCCUGAUAUGAGCAAAGCUGUUGUCAAUAUUGAAGAAAAUGCUCAAGGAAAAUACCGUCUCUAUGAACCUGGAUAUACCAACCUAUCCCUACCCUUUGUAUUAUCUUUUAGAUUUGGAAAGACUUCUGAUUCUUCCAGGGGACCUCUUGUGAAUGCUAUGGAGAUACACAAGUAUCUUGAGAAAAAUGAUGGUACCCUAGAUGGCUAUGUUAUUUCUCGUGUUAUUUUAUCCCACUCAACGGAAGAUUGGGCACAAGAAGGUGGUGACCCAUGCCUGCCAGUUCCAUGGUCAUGGGUGCAGUGCAACUCUGAAGCAAGGCCAAGGAUUGUUAAGCUCUCUUUGUCUAGCAAGAAUUUAUCUGGGAAUGUUCCUUCAGGCUUGACGAUGUUGACAGGUUUAGUUGAAUUAUGGCUCGAUGGAAAUUCACUGACUGGUCCUAUUCCUGAUUUUACUGGAUGCACAGACUUGGAGAUCAUUCAUCUCGAGAACAAUCAGUUGACGGGUGAGCUGCCAUCCUCCUUACUGAACCUACCAAAUUUGAGGGAACUAUAUGUGCAAAAUAAUUUGUUAUCUGGAACAAUACCAUCGGGUCUCAGUAGAAAGGUGGCUUUGAACUACUCUGGAAACAUUAAUCUUCAUGAAGGAGCCAGAAGAGGGAGGCACAUCGAUAUUAUUAUCGGUUCGUCAGUUGGAGCUGCUGUUCUUCUCAUCACUACAAUAGUGUCUUGCUUGUUCAUGCACAAAGGAAAGAAAAGACACCCUGACCAAGAGCAACUUCGGGAUUCCCUGCCGGUGCAAAGGUUAGUUUCUUCCUUGAGAAAUGCUCCUGGUGAAGCUGCUCACUGUUUCACAACCUUUGAGAUUGAAGGUGCUACAAAAAAGUUCGAGAAGAAAAUAGGCUCUGGAGGUUUUGGAGUUGUGUACUAUGGAAAAAUGAAAGAUGGAAGGGAAAUUGCAGUGAAAGUUCUAACUAGCAAUUCCUACCAGGGAAAGCGAGAGUUUUCAAAUGAGGUGACUCUUCUUUCAAGGAUACAUCACAGAAACCUGGUACAGUUUCUUGGAUUUUGUCAAGAAGUUGGGAAGAGUAUGCUUGUUUAUGAGUUCAUGCACAAUGGAACACUUAAGGAACAUCUUUACGGUCCAUUAAAACGAGGAAAAAGUAUUAAUUGGAUCAAGCGCCUUGAGAUUGCUGAAGAUGCUGCAAAAGGGAUUGAAUAUCUUCAUACAGGUUGUGUUCCAGCCAUUAUCCACAGGGAUUUAAAAAGCAGCAAUAUUCUUGUUGACAAAAACAUGAGAGCUAAGGUUGCAGAUUUUGGCCUUUCAAAACUUGCAGUUGAUGGAGCUUCACACGUAUCUAGCAUAGUUCGAGGCACCGUAGGGUAUUUGGAUCCCGAGUAUUACAUCUCUCAACAAUUAACAGACAAGAGUGAUGUUUAUAGUUUUGGUGUCAUUCUCCUGGAGCUGAUGUCUGGUCAAGAAGCCAUAUCUAAUGAAAGCUUUGGUGUAAAUUGUCGCAAUAUAGUACAAUGGGCAAAAUUACACAUUGAGAGUGGGAAUAUCCAAGGAAUCAUCGAUCCCUCACUCUGUGGUGAAUAUGACAUCCAGUCAAUGUGGAAGAUAGCAGAGAAAGCUUUGACGUGUGUCCAGCCUCAUGGUCACAUGAGGCCAUCUAUUUCAGAAGUUCUCAAGGAGAUCCAAGAUGCUAUCUUAAUUGAAAGGGAGGUGACAGCAGUAAGAGAAGAUAUCUCUGAUGAAAUGUCGAGAAAUUCUGUUCAUUCUUCGCUCAACUUGGGUUCGUUGGAUUUGGGUGGAGCCGAGAAUUACCUGGCGCUUGACGAGUCCCUUGCACAGCCAACCGCCAGAUGAUUCUUUUCAUACUCAGGCUUGUAAUUACAUUUCCAGCACCGGCAGCAAAAAAAAAAAAUUUUUGGGUUCUUUAAGUCAAAUAUUAGUACUGCUGGAAUAAACAAUCAAAUUGGCCCGGGUGGUUCUGAGAGCAAGUGCUUUGAACUUAAAUUUGAGCUUGCAAAUUGUUUGUAUUCCCAUUUGAUGUAAAUCUAUUCUCUCAUGGCAAGGAAUACAUGGAUCUUCCCCGUCCUUAUGGUA